AUCUUGAUUACUUUAUUCAUUAACAUAUAUAUUGUAAGCUAUGAGUAAAUCGCAUCGGGAUCUAAAGAUCGUUGUCAUCGGCGCCGGAGCAUCGGGCGUUGCCUGUGCGACGAAACUCCUGGAGUAUGGCUUUCAGAAUGUUCUCAUCGUGGAGGCCGAGUCCCGUUUGGGCGGUCGCAUACACACAAUACCUUUCGGCGAGAAUGUGAUUGAUCUUGGGGCGCAGUGGUGUCACGGAGAGCAGGAUAACAUAGUCUAUCAGCUGGCCAGCCAGAAGGAUUUACUGGAGUCCACUGGUCCGGUCUAUGAGAACUAUCAAUGUGUGCGCAGCAAUCGGGAGGUAUUACCCGAUAAUGUGGCCAACAGGCUCAAGGCAAUUGUGGGCGAUUCUCUGGUCAGUCGCCAGAUGGAGCUGCAGCAUUGCAGCGGCUCCCUGGGCAGUUACCUGUCCAAUAAGUUUUAUGAAAUGCUACGUCGACCCGAGAAUGCCGAUAUAGACAAAGUUUUGGCUAACGAGUUCUUUGAUAACUAUCAAAAGUUCGAAAACUCCGUAGAGGCCUCUGAUAAUCUCGAGGAGGUGUCGGGUCGUGGCUACCUGGACUAUUGGGAGUGCGAAGGCGACAUAUUACUCAAUUGGAAGGACAAAGGAUUCGUGGAGCUGCUACGCCUGCUCACACGCAGUCGAGAGCUGGAAACAUCCUCGGAUCUGGGCGUACUGGAACAGCGAGUAUUAUUCAAUCGUGCCGUUAAAAAGAUACUCUGGAAUCGCAACGAUUCUCGCGUGGAGCUGCAGUUGAGCAACGGGGAAUGCUGCCUGGCUGAUCAUGUGAUUGUGACCGUAUCCCUGGGUGUGCUCAAGGAGCAACACUUGCAGAUGUUUGACCCACAGCUGCCAGUGGCCAAGCAGCGUGCCAUCCAAGGCUUGGCCUUUGGCACGGUUAACAAAAUCUUCGUGGAGUUUCCGGAGGCAUUUUGGCCCGAGGACUGGACGGGUUUCACACUGCUGUGGCGGGAGGAGGACUUGGGUGAUAUACGGAAUACGUCACGUGCCUGGCUGGAGGAUGUCUUCGGCUUCUACCGAGUUAGCUAUCAGCCGCGCGUUCUGGCUGGUUGGAUCAUCAAUGCGAGUGGCAGGCAUAUGGAGUCACUGGAUCGAAAUGAAGUGCUCGCUGGCUGUAUGUAUCUGUUUCGUCGCUUCCUGCAUUGGCAUGUACCGGAACCAGUCAGCUUUUGCACCUCCGCCUGGUAUACGAACCCGAAUUUCCGUGGCUCGUACUCCUUCCGUUCCAUGGACACGGAACGCUUGGGCACUGGCGCCCAGGAUCUAGCGCAGCCCUUGACAGUGGUUGCCAUGACACCUCAGUCGCCGGCCCGCAGCCGAAGCCGAAGCCGAAGUCUACCCCAACAGAGUCGCUGUGAUCGACCCAUUGUCCAAUUCGCUGGCGAGGCGAGCAGCUUGCAUUACUAUUCCACGGUCCAUGGAGCUGUGGAGGCCGGCUGGAGAGAGGCUGAUCGAUUGGCGGAUUUCUAUGGCCUAAAUGAAGCGACGGCCAAAUCGCAGCUAUAGCAAUCGCUGCAUAUUUCAUUGGACAGACUCUUCUUGGCUGACUGAUGGACGAUUGACUGAUUGACUGAUUGAUGCUGAA